AAAGCAUUUUGGGUGAUGGGCGUGGGUUAUUUAAAUAAAAACCUGUUGUAAUUUGAGACUUCUGUCAGUCGUUUGGCGUUGCUUGCUGCAGUUUGUACAGUAAAUCUACCCCGAUCGCGUAGAAAAAUAUUUUGACAAGAUGCCUAAGUGUCCUAAAUGUAAUAAGGAGGUUUAUUUCGGUAAGUUUAUUUGUAAAAGGCCAAAUUAGGGCUGAAAGUAAUAUCUAAGAAGCAGUUUUCACCCUUGGCAAAUAGUAAAAUAACAUAGCUUCAUAUAUAUAUGAUUUUACACCGCUAGGAUUAGUAUCCCAAUAUCUCCUGUACUGAAAAUUGAUCGUUUACUUUGCCUAAAUGUGUACAAAGGGCUAUGUUUAAACUUCCUUUAUCUCAUGUGCAUCUUGCUUUCUUCUACAAGUCGAUAUAUAGACGACAUAUAUAAGCACAUGUCCGAGAGUCGAACUUGAAUUUGGGAUUAUUUUAGAUGUAUUUUAAUGAGCCGAUACCUUGUGGAGUUAUUUAAUUAAUUUUGGAGUCUAUUGAAUUUGUAAUUGUUCUUCCUAUAUAUUUUUCUUUCAAAAUGAAACCUGUAUGUUAUAUGUUAUCAUUCAAGUUGAGAUUGAGGAAUUAUAAAAUCACAUAAAGGCCCAUAAAACGUUACAAGCAGCCAGCUGAAAAUAAAUGUGAUCUCACCUUUUGACCUGGACAUAUAAUAUUUCUGAGUGAUAUUGAUCAAUUGAGGGAGAUAUUGGUCGUUUAUAUAAGGCCCUCUUUAGAAAUGUUGACAGUAUUUCAGGAGCAAGCAAGUUGCGUCUCUUAAUUCUAUUUAUUUGCAUCCGAUUUGUCUUUCUCAUGAUGACGAAUAUCCGCCAAUUUUGGGCGGCUUCUAAUUCUCAUUAACCAAUGCAGACAAUUAAAACAAUGUGAAAAGCAAUAUUUCAAAAUAAACUAACCAUUUACAAAGCAAAGUUACCAUCAUUCGUACAAAAAAUUAUAAAAAGUCUCUGUUAUGUGGACCUUAACUCACAGACUUCGGCCGAAAAGCGACCCGAAAAUGGUGGCGGGAGAAAGGCUAAUUGAUGCAAAUACAAGACUACCAGUACCAUGUAUUAUGAAAAGAAUUAACAUUUAUAACUGUCUCACUUUUGAUAAAAAUGUUGGUUGAAAACUGCUGGCUAGACAUGUGGCAGGCCUCGGCAGGGCUUGAAAUAACAACAGCCGAUCAAUGAUCGGCAAGAAAUUGUUAGGGGUGCACCGGAACGCGGUUUCGGCUGGAACCCCAAUUUUUUGGCUGGAAUGGCCGCAACCGGAACUCUGUUGUUUACAGUGAGAUAGAAUAUCAAAUGUUUUUGUGUCUAACAAAAGUUCACAGUAGGAAGAAAUUUAGACUACACAAGGAAAAUAUACACUGUAAAUCUUUUUAUUCCAACAUUUGCGAGCGAGCUCUCUCCUUGAUGACUUGAAGUGUCUGCCUGUCUGGCAGCAGACAAAGUAACAUAUGACUAUGUAUGUCUUAAUAAAUCAGUUCCAGUUUCCGGCAGAGUACAGUCAGUGUUUGGAUUGAUUACUGGGGUACGAUUGGAAUUAGAGUUGGAUAUUUAUAUGAAAAUUCAUGUAUAUUUUCAAACAAUAUUUAGCCGAGAAAGUGCAGUCUCUUGGAAAAGACUGGCAUAGACCAUGUUUGAAGUGUGAGAAAUGUGGCAAAACACUGAGUUCUGGUGGACAUGCAGAGGUGGUUAUGAAUAUUUGUUAACAUUAAUACCAUACAAUUGAAUUAACAUGUGGUGCAGGUCUGGUUACAUGCACUUCCUAUAGUAGUGUCUCUGCAGUCUUGCUUUCGUAGAACUACUAAUAUUCAAUAGCAAACUAUUGUUUUCUGCCUUCGUGUUAAUGUUUAUGUAGCCUUAUAAAAAAUUCUCUUAAUUUGCCUAUUAAUUAAAGCUUUUCACACAUGCUAAAACCAGCCUGUGUUCCACUACACAACACAGGCUAGCAUAAACUCAAAGUCCGCAUCAACACAAUUUAUGAUUUUCCUGGGCCUAGGAAAAAUAUGGAGGUUAUAUAUAAACUUGAAACUCUCCUAAUAGACGCCUCUUUAGUACAGAUAGGCUGAUGCGAUAUUGAAACAUACUGAAAAAAAUAUUGCCUAUGUCAAAUUACUCUGUUUAUACUCUCAAAUUGCUCACACGCUUGCUGCUUGAAUUUGCAAUUGCCGAAAUUACAGAUAGGUUCUACCAUACAUUAUUCUCUUGUAUAAUAUUUAAAAUAGAAUGUCUCUAUAAUGGACACCUCUUUAAUACAUACACUUCUAAAGUCCACAAUUUAUAUUUUAGCACGAAGGCAAGCCGUACUGUAACAAACCAUGCUAUGCCGCCAUGUUUGGCCCUGGAGGUUUCGGCCGUGGUGGUACUGAGUCGCACAAGUAUUAAACAAAAAUCUCACAAGUGGAGCCAUUAAUAUAAUCAAGCAUGUUUUAAGCCCAAGGGAGUUGUAAAUAAAAACUAGAAAAAAUUAAAAAAAAUUUUGGUAGUGUAUAUUUAUUUAUGACUAUUACUAUUAAAGUAGUUUAUUUAUUUAUUUAUUAGAUUUUGCCAAAUAUACAACAUACAUACAUAGUCUGUAUUCAGACAUAACACAAACACCAGAACAUGCACAUCAAUAUUAAAAAAAAACAACUAUUGUUUUAGAACAAUACCCAUUGUUUAAUUCAAGAACAAAAGCCAUUGUUCAGAGACAAAAGCAUAGUUGAUAGUUAAAUUAUAAGUUCUUAUAAGUUACACAAAUCUAUUGUUAAGCAACAAAAACUAUUGUUUCAGAACAAUACCCAUUGUUCAUCUGCAAAAGGUGUUGUUCAAUAACAGAUCUGUUUUCGCAAGUCUAUUUUACUGACCAGAAAACCUAUUGUUGAAUAACAAAUAAGGUCUUCUAUUUAAUAUUUUUACCACUAGUUUUAAUAGUCAGGGGCAGAUCUAGCUUCAACUGCAAGGAGGGGUGCUGGUCAUGGGGUGGUGCGUGAGGGAGCCUUACUGCCCACUCUCCUCUGCAGUCUGCAACGCUACUACCCCAACAUUACCAUUAUUUGAGAUGGCCGAAUCUGCAUGUUCGCCUUUCUGUUACGUUUUACAUUAUCUUUAUCACGUAUGCGUGACUGGACAGUGGCUGUAGCACAGUACAGUAAAUUUGCCUAUUAAAGUACAGCGGUGUAUUUGAAAAUAUGGCUGUAUAACAACCUCGAUAUGUUUACACAUUUCACCAUUAUAUUUAACAAAAGCAUUCUGAGAAUUUUCUCGUGGGCUCACAAAUCAAUUGAAUCCUUUCAAGAAAAAUCGUCACACGCUAAUAGUAGAAGUCCCGCUAAUCGCUAUUCGUAAAGCAGAAAAUGUAUGGUCGAGCAGAUUUGUUUUAGGGUGGGUUACUAUUAGGGUUAGGGAGGUUGGGUUGCGCAUCCCCACAGUAGAUCUGCCCCUGAGUUUUAUACAUCGCCAUUUACAAUUCUAUGUGCAAGUUAUAUUACAAAUUACUUCUACCACUAUCAUUUAAUUUAGGGUUUAACGUUGAUAAACCAGUUUUAUGAAUAUUACACAUGACAAUAUCUCGAUAAGUCACCUUGAGGGGGGACCAAUUAUAAUCUUCAGAUCAAAUUGGCGGCGGCUAUUUUGCAAGUAUUACUAUACUUAGGUCAUAACUUGAUGCUAUAACCAACAGCAUCUGGCAUUGCUAAACAUUUUGAUCCUGAUCCUGUUGUGUAAUGCUAAGAGACCCACUAUCCGAUUGAUCCAAUAUUUCAUUGCUAGUCUUUCUACUUUCCAAUCCAGACAAAACGUCUUUAGUUAUCCCCGCUGUCAUAUCAAUAACGCUGUACAUUCUUUUCAUCUCGUGGUUCGGGUUCUCGGCGGAUACUUCGACCGUGACAGAGUAACGAACACGCUGGUCUUCCUUGUUACGUUUGAAAUAUACACAGGCGAGGGUGAACCCCAGAAGGGCAGCUAGGGGGAGACAAAUGGCUAAGACGUAGAGGGGCAUGCCUGUACGACCACCAGAGGAGUGAGUUGUGAUGGUGGUUGGCGGACGUUCUGAUGAUGAUAUCUCUUGAGAGUUGUGGUUUAGGACCUGCAAAAAUUAUUGGAUAU